UCGACAAAAUUGUUACACAAAUUGUAUUUAGAUAAAAUACAAAAACUAUUCUAGUAUGGUACAGCUCAAACAAGUGUCGCUUCGGCUGAAAUCGGUGAAGAAUAUCCAGAAGAUUACGAAGACAAUGAAGAUGGUUUCAGCCAGCAAGUUCACAAAAGCAGAACGAGAGCUUGCAUCAGCACGACCAUUUGGUUACGGACCCCAGAAGUUUUACGAGUCGAGUCAUUUAGUUGCUAAAGUAGCCAAGAAAGAUGACAAGACAAAGACAGAUGCACCACCCGAGAUACCUGCUGAAGGCGUCGAGGGCAAGGAUGAUAAGAAAGUCAAAAGGAUAUACGUAGCUGUUACAUCGGAUAGAGGUUUAUGUGGUGGUGUACACACGGGCGUGUCGCGUAGAAUCCGACGCAGCAUGACGACUCGCAGCGCGGAUGCUGCGGCGAACAAGCUCGUUUGUGUCGGAGAUAAGUCGCGGGCUAUGCUCAGGAGACAAUAUAGCGAAAAUAUGCUCAUUAAUGUCAAAGACAUAGGUCGCAUAGCUCCCGUGUUUAAAGACGCUUCGACUAUAGCGGCCGCCAUCGUGCAGUCAGGAUACAUGUAUGACAUUGGCGAGAUAUAUUACAACAAAUACUUCAGCCCUGUUAAAUAUGAGAUGACCAUCAUACCCUUCUUCACGAAGAGUAAAAUAGAGGCAGCACCAAAUAUGAACGCAUUUGAUGACGUAGAGGACGACCAGCUCGAGUCCUACUCUGAGUGGACCUUUGCCGCCUUACUUUUCUACGCAUUGAAGGAAUCCGCGGCCUCUGAGCAGUCUGCGCGAAUGGCGGCUAUGGACAAUGCGACCAAAAAUGCCGACGAUAUGAUCAGAAAGCUCACUCUUCUAUUCAAUAGGACGCGCCAAGCCGUCAUAACGAGGGAACUUAUCGAAAUAAUAUCUGGAGCAGCUGCUUUGUAGUUUU